CACCAAAGAAGAAGAAGAAGAAGAAGAAGAAGAAGAAGAAAUGACAUCCUUCCUGUGACGUCUGCGAUGACACGCGUAGUCAAGAUGGCGGCGGCGGCGGCGCUGUGACAUCUGCAGGACUCCAAUCAUUCAGUCUGCUUAAGCCCUGCCUCUUUCUUGCAGUCGACUUCAUGUUUGAGUGCAACACCCACAUCUCAAAAUGAGAUGUGGGCACUGUUAAUAGUGUCCACGCUGCCUUUAGUAACACCUUUUUAUGUACCAGGGGUUGCACCUAUGAAUUUCCACCAGAACAGCCCUGUUGAAAUAAAGGCUGUAAAAUUGACGAGCUCUAGAACACAGUUGCCCUAUGAGUACUAUUCGCUUCCCUUCUGUAAGCCUGAUGUCAUCUUUUACAAGGCAGAGAACCUCGGUGAGGUGUUGCGAGGAGACCGUAUCGUAAACACACUGUACACUGUUCUCAUGAACCUGGACAAGAAGUGUGAGGUGUUGUGUAAAAAGCCUGAUGAUCCCAUCAAACUCAGCGUGGAGGAGAGCAAGCUGCUAGCUGAGCGCAUCCAAGAAGAGUACUAUGUCCACCUUAUUGCAGAUAACCUCCCUGUGGCCACACGGCUGGAGCUUUACCCAAACAAAGAGGAAGGAAUGGAAGAGGAACAGAGGAAGGACACACAGAAGGAUAUCCAGUUUGAGCAUGGCUACAGACUCGGCUUCACCGAAAACAACAAGUUCUAUUUGCACAACCAUCUGUCAUUCAUCCUGUACUACCACAAAGAAAAGGUGGAGGAGGAUGUCGAACACAAUUACAGAGUUGUACGUUUCGAGGUGAUGCCAAAGAGUGUAAAAUUAGAAGAUAUAAAAUCAGACGAGCGAAACACAUGCACAUUACCUGAAACGGUUGCCCCCGUCCCUCAGGAGAUCGACCCGACUAAAGAGAACAGAAUUCUCUUUACCUACUCUGUGCACUGGGAGGAGAGUGAGGUGAAAUGGGCCUCUCGCUGGGACACGUACCUCACCAUGAGCGAUGUGCAGAUCCACUGGUUCUCCAUCGUCAACUCUGUAGUCGUGGUGUUCUUUCUGUCAGGCAUCCUGAGUAUGAUCAUCAUAAGGACGCUGAGGAAGGACAUUGCCAACUACAAUAGAGAAGAUGACAUUGAAGACACAAUGGAGGAAUCUGGUUGGAAGAAUGUCCAUGGUGACGUUUUCCGCCCACCUCAUUAUCCCAUGAUUCUUAGUUCCCUGUUGGGAUCUGGCAUCCAGCUCUUCUGCAUGAUUCUCAUUGUUAUCUUUGUGGCUAUGCUCGGGAUGUUGUCUCCAUCCAGUCGAGGAGCUCUGAUGACAACAGCCUGCUUCCUCUUCAUGUUUAUGGGUUUGUUCGGAGGUUACUUUGCUGGAAGACUUUACCGCACUCUUAAAGGCCACAGAUGGAAGAAAGGUGCUUUCUGUACUGCAACUCUGUACCCAGCUGUCGUCUUUAGCAUCUGUUUUGUUUUGAACUGUUUCAUCUGGGGAGAACACUCUUCUGGUGCUGUUCCUUUCACUACAAUGCUGGCUCUGUUGUGUAUGUGGUUUGGCAUUUCUAUGCCUCUCGUGUAUCUGGGCUACUAUUUUGGUUUCCGAAAGCAGCCGUAUGACAAUCCAGUUCGUACCAAUCAGAUUCCCCGCCAGGUCCCUGAGCAACGCUGGUACAUGAACAAGUUUGUUGGUAUCCUGAUGGCAGGAAUCCUGCCAUUUGGCGCCAUGUUUAUUGAGCUCUUCUUCAUCUUUAGUGCUAUCUGGGAAAACCAGUUUUAUUACCUGUUUGGCUUCCUCUUCCUUGUCUUCAUUAUUCUUGUGGUUUCCUGCUCUCAAAUCAGCAUUGUGAUGGUGUACUUCCAGCUUUGUGCAGAGGACUAUCGGUGGUGGUGGAGGACAUUUCUCGUGUCCGGAGGUUCUGCCUUUUAUGUCCUAGUCUACGCUGUUUUCUAUUUUGUCAACAAGGUAACUAUCUUUACUUCAGCUUGUUACAGUAGACCUGUUUUAUUUACUGAAGUGUCUUUCCUAUUCAACACCUUAUGUUUUUAAUGGCAGAGGGGGUGU